AUGGAUAUAUCAAGUUCACAAUACAAUAGUGCUGGUGAAUCUGGCUGGACACAUUACUUGGAUCAUUCCUCUCUUUCUGAAAGUUAUUUCCAGAUAAGAGGUGGGAUAGAAGACCAUGGAGGAAAGGGAGCAAGAGUGGAGGAAGAGGAAGAAGGUUUGUCUAUGAUCUUUGAUGCUUCAUCUGGUCCUCAACAUUACCAUGAAGAUGAUGGUCAACACUAUUGUGUAAAUUGGUAUCCUUCUAGUUCUCACUACACCAAAGAAUCAGAAAAGAAGAACAACAACAAGAAGGCCAAAGAAUAUGGUAACAAUCAACAUCCUUCACCUCUUUAUGACACUGUCAGUUCCCCUGUUCUUAAUUGUCCCAAGAAGAAAGCUAGUUUCUUAGGGAAUGAAGCAGUGGAAAAUGCACUGGAUUUUCCCCCAUGUUUCUCAGGAACAAAAAUAAAGAAAAAGUCUAAAUUCCAGAAGCACUUUAGUUUCUUUGAGCAUUCUCUUGGUGGAAAACAAGCUUCAAAGGAACCAGUUGGUUUCGAUGAAGGAUGGAAAUGA